UACAGCUCGAAUUUGUGUUAACCAAUCUUUACUGUCGUUUCCAAAAUGUCCAGAAAUAGAGAUUCCACUCGGUUUAGAAAAGUUGACGUCGAUGGGUACGAUGAGAACAAGUUUGUGGAUGAGGAGGACAGAGGAGAGAACCAGGGCGGUCUGGACAGACAAUAUCCUCUAACUUGGAUUUACUCUUCACCAAUUUCACCAACUUUUGGGAUUCUGGCGUGUGUGUGUGUGUGUGCGUGCGUGCGUGCGUGCAUGUGUGUGCUUUUACACUUGUGUGUGCGAGCUGAGCUGCUCGUGGUCAAGGUGCUGAGCAGUUUUAAGAGCAGUGACACUGAGAAGGCCGUGAGCUCACUGGACAGAGCCGGAGUGGACCUGCUGAUGAAAUACAUCUACAGAGGCUUUGAGAAACCCUCUGACAACAGCAGUGCUGUGCUGCUGCAAUGGCAUGAAAAGGCUCUAGCAGUGGGAGGAGUGGGCUCUAUAGUUAGAGUCCUGACUGCCAGGAAGACUACAAGACCACCAGAGAUGAGUGCAGGACAAGCCUCUUCUUUUUCUGGAUAUGAUUCCUGUAUAUUUUUUGACCGAAGCUCAGUGUCUUCCUAAUGCACUUCUUUUUUUUUUCUGCAUUCACUAUUAGUCACACUUCCGGGACUUAGAAGUGCUGGCAGUCAGACAGAGAGGUGCUGGCACCCCUAGCUGUCUAUGUUUGGCAGCCAUGCAGAGAAAACAGACACACUGGCUUGAAAGCAGCUCUCCAUGCUCCCUUCAAACUGCUUCACAGCUGCUCUGAUGCCUCUGCUGGCUCACUGUAACCCCUCUGCCCCUCGACUACACUUCUCUCCUCCUCUGAACCCUCUGAGUCAUCCAGGUUGAGGGAACAGAACAGAUUAUUUUGGAAGAACUGUCAUAGACUGAUGACCUGUCCAGGGUGUCUCCCUGCCUUUUACCUUGUGCAUGCUGGGAUUGGAGUUCUUUUUCCCCCAUAUGAUUAUAACUGUUUUGUUUCUACUUGUACCAUAUUGUUGUGUGUAUCAAGGCAUUGGGGUUGUACUGCUCGUGUUGUUUUUUUUUAUAUAUCAGAAAUGAAAAACAAAAAAAAAGUGUUAAACCUGAUUAUUCACUGGUUGUUUCUUAACAAAAAAAGUCAGUGUAAUUAGGGCAAUAAAUGUAACAUUUUAACAUUGAGUUUCAGCCUACAGUAUGUCUAGUUCAGUGAAAGGUAAAGUCAGCCUAGAUUCUGCUUCAAGCACGUUAGUUGUAAUGUAUCAUUCUGUGUGGUUGGUAGACCUGUAUCUACAUCAACAGUGACAAACAAACACUUCAUAAUCUGAUAUUUUUCAUGAAUAUGACCUCAGAUGUUUUUAGGAUGAAAUGGACUGUAUACUUCUGCUUGGUAUAGAUCACCAGUAAAUCAAUCACUUGAUCUGUCAAUCAACCAAAGUUGUUUAAAGACACAGCCAGAAUUUAAAGGUAGAUUCAAAACUACACAGGGCUGCAUAAUUGCCACUAGACUGUCAGAAGUGAGUUGACAGACACAGUGUGGAGGAGGAAAUGUAGCAAACCCAGUGCUGGCAUACAGUGAUAGCUCCAGCUGAAACUAGGCAGGGCUCUACUACUAGACAAUCUCUUCACCAAUGUUUCGUCUUCACAUUCUGUUGUCUGUUCUGGUCAGGUCGUUUUUGGGGAUGUUUUAAAGAGAAAUAAAUAAAGAGAUAUAUAUUGCUCCUUGAAUCUCCUGCUGAAAACUGCCCUUUAUGGUUCUGAAUCCAACUUUAUCAUUUCCCAUAGUAAAAAAAAGUCUGUUGACUAUGGAAAGAAAAACUGAAAUGUUUUUCUACUAAUAGGUGAUUAAAAGUAAGUCCAUAGUUUGUGAUUUAGAGGGCAGACAAUAGUAGAAAAGGGCUGGCACCAUGUGCUCCAAUGUUGAACAAACAGAUUCAGGUUUAUUUUCUGAACAUGAAGAUGCAAUAUACAGUUCACACACAGACAGCUAAUCAGACACCAAAUGAGACGGGGGACACUUCACUGAGUUGAGGUUCGAGCAGUUGACCUCUGACAGGCUCCUAUCCGGGCAGUUUAGUUUGUCAAACUUUCUCAGUUAAGAUUCUCAUGGGGUUAACUGACAUGGCACAAUAACAAGUAAAACAAUAACUGUAU